GGGGGGGUACAAUGGUGUUUUUUGUAUUCAGAGUUGUUUCACAUUGUAAAAGAGAUGGAUUCUCAUGUUAAACCUGGCCAAAGUUGUAAAAAAUAAUUUGGAAGAAUGUCAGAGAAUUUUUGUGCCGAAAAUCUUACUUCCGGGUUGUUACAAAUUUCGACCAGAGGAGAGCGAGACCGUGCACAUCAAUGCACGGCAUCUGGAAAUCGUCGGCAUCGCUGCAUAGGAUUUGUUCGAGAUUUUGGAUGUGAGGGAAAGCCAUAUUCAGCUUCCUAAAGAACCCAGCGUUACACAGGGGAUGCAGUUUGUUUUUUCCAGGGCAGCAACGGAGUGUAUCAAGUGCAUUUGUGUGUUCUCAUCAUUUCAGUGAUUAAUUUUUUAUAAACAAGGCCCAGGUCAAUACUGGAUUUGCAAAUCAUUUGCUAUUAAAAAAUUGAGUGGUCCCAGUGAUAAAAAAACCCCAUUCAUGUAAGUACAACUGCAUCAGAUUUCUGUCUUUUGUUGGAAAUCAGCACAUAAGAAUAUAUGUUAAUGUAUUAUAGCUCUGCCCACGGUAUGCCUCCAGGAGCUCAGCUCUUUCAGAAGAGAAUCGGAAAGCUGUAUCUUUCUUUUAUAAAUAUGAUAAAACUAAAGACUUUUUGGAGAUAUGAAGGUGGUACUACUCUAUAAGUACUCAAGAUUAACUUGAGAUUAAGUGAAACUGUGUAUGUUACGACCCUUUAAGUUUUAUCUGUAUAGUCACAAAAUAUUUAUGUGUUUAUGUUAUAGCAUCCAUGAAAAAGCAUUAGUGUAGAAUUGGUGCAAAUUCAAUUAGGCUCAACUAGCUGUACUAUUAAAAAAACAUCAGUUUGGGAAGGUAUGAGUGCAGCAAGUCCAUUUCAGAACAAAGUAAAGGAUCUACAGGUCUAGAAAAAAAUCACACCAACUAAACAUUAAUAUUACAAUUGAACUAUUCAGAAAGGUAUUUCUUCAUUCAAGAUUUACGAAAUUACGAAAAGCCUACUUCCCUUUGACAUAAUUUCACACAUAGUUUGCCAUUGUUGAAAACCAUGGCAUUUGUUCCUCAUAACUGAUGACAUCUACCAAGGCUGGCUCACAUUUUUAUGACUGGUUGAGAUCACUCAAGAUGACUUUAUUUACUGUAAGUGCUUUCAUUAUAUAUUUUUCCAUAAGUGCUGGAGAAUCAUGCACAAAAGUAAGUUUUUCCCAUUUAAAUCUUCUAUUUAUUGAUUUAUUUUUACUAUUGUGAAAUGUAUUCAUUUUAUUUAUUUAUUUAUUUAGAUUACUGAGAAUCGGUACUACUCUUGCAUGAGAAGAAACCUCAGUUACAUACCAACCAGUAUACCUUCUUCUGUUCAAACUCUGGAUUUCAGUUUUAAUAUUUUGAAACACUUGAAGAAGACUAUUUUCCCUGUUUUGUCUUUCCUGGAAGUUCUUGAUUUGUCAAGAUGCAAAAUCAAGCACAUUGAAAAUGAUACUUUCUACAAUGUGAAGAAUUUGACUACUUUGAUUCUUACUGGAAACCCUAUUACAUAUUUUGGACCUGGAUGUUUAAAUUCUUUACAUAAUCUACAAAGACUAGUUCUUGUGGAUGUUGGCCUCUCAUCAUUACAGCUUCAAAUAAAUAACCUAACCAAGCUGCAGGAGCUUAGAGUCGGGACAAAUAACAUCCAGUCCAUGUCACUCCCUGCAUUCAUGAGCACGAUCAAAGACUUCAGUUUACUUGAUCUACACGCCAAUAAUAUAUCCGUCAUCACAACUGAUCACACUGCUGUGUUGCGAGAGAUCGGCAGAAACAUGACUUUGAUUCUUUCUAGCAAUCCGUUAUUAUACAUUGAACCAGGAGCUUUCAAAGACAUUUAUCUCAGAGAACUGAACAUCCGAUCUGCCUUUGUUUCACCUGCUGCUCAGAAAGCUGGUCUAAAUGCUCUGUACGGUCUUAAUGUAAAAAGGCUCAUGUUUGGAAAGUACAGAAAUGAUUACAAAAUUUUGUCAUCAGAUGCAAACUAUUUAGAUGGUCUUUGCUUUAUUAAUUUUCAUGAGGUAUAUUAUUAUAUGAAAGAAAAACAUGUUGUUCCAGUUAAUAUCUUUCGCUGUAUGAUUAAUGCAACAAUUGUAGCUGUGAAAGGUGGUAUAAUUCGUGAAAUAGCAAAUGUGCCAUUUCUUAAAAUCAAGGAGCUUUAUUUGAUUUCCAAUCAGUUAGAUACUGUUCCAGGCAAAAAACUUGCACAUCUCCACACUUUAGAAAAACUAGUGUUUACAGACAACGUUGCAAUCCAAAUUCCAGACUUCAUAGACAUGCGCAGUCUUCAGUAUGUGGAUCUGAGUUCAAACCAAAUUACAUUAACAUCAUGCUGCUCAUUUUUUUCUAGCACCCCUCAGUUGAGGUAUUUAAAUUUGAGUCUAAAUCCACAAAUCGGUUUUUCUAUAGGACCAUUUGAUGGACUUGAUUCCCUUGAGAUUCUAGAUUUCCAUCAUACAAGGGUUGUGGGUAUGGGACCUUUUUUUUCUAACAUAAAGUAUUUGAGGUAUCUAGAUAUUUCUUAUUCAAGUAUCACCUUUAUUAACAUAUAUUGCUUCUAUGGACUGAAGAAUCUAAAUGUUCUAAAGAUGGCCGGCAGUCAUUUUCAAGGUGAUGUAGCAAGAUAUUUGUUUAAUAAUCUCACUUUUCUAGAGCAUCUUGACAUGUCAUAUUGCCGUGUGGUAGAGUUGCAUCCAAAUUCAUUCAAAAAUCUUCAAAGGCUUAAGCUUUUAAAUUUGAGAGGAAACUAUUUAAUGACUAUAGAUUUUCUGGCCCUCACAAACCUGAAACAAUUAAUUUCACUUUAUGUUGAUAAAAACAGCAUUACUAGCAUCCCACUUCAUGUUCUCCAUUCGUUGCCCACAAACCUUUCAGAGUUGGAUUUAUCCUAUAACCCCAUUGAUUGCUCCUGUUCCCAGACAGAUUUUAUUUUGUGGAUAAUGGAAAAUCAGAAUGUUUUGAAGAAACCAGACAAUAUUUUCUGUAAAACCUUUUCACCAAGUUCUGAUUUUAGAGCAACAGACUUUGAUAUUGACAGCUGUGUGCACAAGAAAAGACUCACAAUCGUUUUAUCGCUAAGUUUUGUUACAGUAGUAGUUCUUUUGUCAUUCUUGGUUUACAGGUUUCAGUUUUAUCUUCAGUAUUGCUGUAUUCUACUGAGAGGCUAUAGAUCACCUGGACAGCAAGAAUGUUCCUAUGACGCAUUUGUGAUUUUCUCCAGCUAUGAUGAAGAUUGGGUCAUGAAUGAACUGAUGGAGAAUCUGGAGAACAGUGUUCCACCGAUUCAGCUUUGUCUUCAUAUGCGGGACUUUCAGGCAGGGAAGUCCAUCGCCUCCAACAUUAUCGAUGAAGGUAUAAUGGGCAGUCGUAAAGUCAUUGUGGUCGUGUCUCAACACUUCAUUGAUAGUGCCUGGUGUCGCUUUGAGUUUGAAUUAGCUCAGUCUCGCUUUAUGAUGGAACGCAAUGCCAACAUCAUCAUCAUCAUUCUGGAAGAUGUGGAAGAGACGAAGACUAAGAAAGUGUUUGGACUUCAUAAGCAUCUGAAAAAGAACACGUACCUAAAGUGGAGCAGAGAUCCUUUGAGUAACAUGAGAUUCUGGAUACGCCUCAGGAAAGCUAUUAUUGCCACAAACCAAUAAUAUUUUUUAACUUUUAAUUCUUGAAUGUAUACGUCAAGAUAGUUUGUCAGAACAGUUUUCAAUUAUUUCACAACAGUUUUGACCUGAUAGUUGUGUAUGUAGUGGCUUUCCUAUGAGUCAGGACAGGGUGCUAAGUUGAUUUUUACUCAUAGGUUGCAAUAAACAAUGUCCACACAGUCAGUAUCUUUACUCGUUAAUUUAUUAAAUAAUACAACAUAAACAAGAAAAAACACAUACACUAAAAACAUGUGGAGCUAUGAUAAGAACCAUAUAUUUCCAUCAGCCAUAACUGUUUAAUACAACUUUAGCUGAAUGCUAAUAUCGCUUGAUGUGAACAGGUGACCUCUAGCCUUCUAGUGGUGAAAAAAAUCAUUACAUUUUGGGUCCUACAGUGUGUAUUUUGAUUAAAUAAACAGGUGCUUCAUUUUUAAACUAUGUAGUUAAAGAAAAAUGUAAUAGUUUUUUUGCCUUUUAAUUUAAUAGGAGAUUUGGUUUUAAUAUUAAAAUGCAACUUUUCAGAAAGGUACUUCUUCAUUCAAGAUUUACAAAAUUAAGCACAAGCCUACUUCCCUUUGACAUAAUUUCACACAUAGUUCCCCAUUGUUGAAAACCAUGGCAUUUGUUCCUCAUAACUGAUGACAUCUACCAAGG